GCAGAACCAAUAGCUCUCCCCGCAUCUCUACCUCCUCUCCCUCAUCCUCCUCUCCAUCAUCAGUCCUCCUGCUCUCAGCUGAGGCUCAGCAUCAGCAGCCUCCUCUCCUCCUCUCCUCUCACACACCUCUCAGUGGUCCAGAGUCCAGCAGCCCCAGCAGCAGCACCAGCAGAGCCAGGGCAGACCCACCAUAGAGCAGCAGCCUUCAGCACUGAGGGAUAAGGAUGUGUGCGGGUGUCUCCGGAGCUCCGGCUCCCUCCUCCUGCCGUCCCAGCAGGGCUGCGUGGAGGCUGUCUCCCCUGCUGCUGCUCCUGCUCCUCACGGAGGCCGUCCCCUCUCCCUUCCAGCUGGCCCCGGACACCCCCGCGCCGGCCGAGCCCACCCCCACCCCGGCCCCGGCCCGGCCGGAGCCCUGCGAGGGCCAGCCCUGCCUGAACGGAGGGCUGUGCUCGGCGCUGCCGUCCGGCUGGGAGUACCGCUGCUCCUGCAGCCGCGGCUUCACCGGCCGCAACUGCGAGUUUUUCACAGACCCCUGUGCCAGCAGCCCCUGUCUCCAUGGAAACUGCAGCCGGAGUGAUAGCGGGGAAGACGGGGAGCCGGCCUUCACCUGCGAGUGCUCAGAGGGUUACGAGGGAGAGAGGUGCGAUCAGAUCCUGUUGGACCUGCCGCCUGCUGACUGGGACCCUGCCACCCCCUCUGCUCCCGAACCCGCCACCCCCGUCGGCUCCACGACCACAGCCGCCACUCAGCCACAACAGCCAACCACGUUCCCCUCCACUACAACACCAGAACCUCCCACCCUGCAGCCAUGGCAACCAAAACCUGGGCAGAGGCUGCUGGUAGUGCCAUGGGAGGCAGACAGAGUGACUGAGGGUCUGCACUGUGUGAGCCCCGAGCUUUGUGAGCUGACAUCAGGAACUCUGACUCUGUCCCUGGAGGUGCCUGAGGAGACAGCAGUCAAGGUGGUGGUGAAUGCCAGUGGAGCUCCGGUGCUGUGGCGUGUGAGUGAAGAGGGUUUCCUCCGCUCCUCCAUCCUGAACGGCACUACCAUGUGGUUUCUGCAGGCCCACGAUGGACUGGUGGUGCCGGACCACCUGCUGCCCCUGGGACAGAACUACUUCCUCAGUGUGAUGCGAGUGGGUGCCCCCACGGCCCCUGAAGUCAUCCUGCGUCUCAACCUGACGGUGAAGGCCAGCAGCUGCGUGGAACCUGGCAGCAGCUUCAGUGACCCCCAGUGCUCUGGGAAAGGCAAAUGCAUCACACAGCCCUCCGAGAGUACUUUUUUCUGCGAGUGUGACGACAGCUACACUGGAAUAUUCUGCGAAGAAUUUGAUGCCUGCCAUCGCCGUCCGUGCCGCAAUAAUGGGACCUGCACUGACGUCAGACAAGGCGGGGAAGGACACAACUUCACCUGCACCUGCCAGCCAGGUUAUGAAGGGGAGCGCUGCCAGCUGCUGGUUGACCACUGUCUCUCCCAGCCUUGCAAGAACGGAGCCAGCUGUUUCAGCAGCCUGGCGGGCCCCAGGUGCUACUGUCCCGAAGGUUACCAAGGUGCUGCAUGUGAGCAGAAGGUGGACCCGUGUGCCUCCAGCCCCUGCCAUAACAACGGCACAUGCUACACCCAGGGCCCGAGUCCCUUGGGCUUUGGCUGUAGCUGCACAGCGGGCUUCACGGGCCCCACAUGUGGUCAGCUGGUGGACUUCUGUGCCCUGAACCCCUGUGCCCACGGCGUGUGCCGCAGUGUGGGCAACAGUUACAGGUGUCUGUGCGUGCCAGGUUACCAUGGCUUGUACUGUGAGGAGGAGUACAACGAGUGUCUGUCUGCACCCUGCCAGAACUAUGCCACCUGUAGGGAUCUCAUCAAUGCCUAUGAAUGUGUCUGCACGCCACAGUUCGAAGGCAGACACUGUGAGAUAUACAAGGAUCCAUGUCUGAAGCUGCACUGUCAGAAUGGAGGCCGCUGUGAGAGCGCCGGACUUAACGCCUCAUGUAUCUGUCAAAGUGGAUACCUGGGGGAGAGGUGCGAGGUCGACAUUAAUGAGUGCGAGAGCAACCCAUGCCAUCACGGAGGUACCUGCAUCGACCAGUCCAAUGGCUUCACCUGUCACUGUCCACCUGGGUGGGUGGGCCCCAGCUGUGAGAUCCACCUGCAGUGGAAGCCAGCACACACCGAAGACACCCUGACCAACAUGCCCCGCCACUCCCUCUACAUCAUCAUCGGAGCUCUGUGUGUGGCUUUUGUCCUCAUGCUCAUCAUCCUCAUUGUGGGCAUCUGCCGCAUCAGCCGCAUUGAGUACCAGGGUUCGUCACGCCAUGCCUACCAGGAGUUUUACAACUGCCGUAGCAUCGACAGCGAGUUCAGCAAUGCUAUAGCCUCCAUCCGCCAUGCCAGAUUUGGGAAGAAGCCCAGGCCUGCCAUGUAUGAAGCCACCCCCAUCGCCUAUGAGGACUACAGUCCUGACGACAAGCCUUUGGUUACCCUCAUUAAGACAAAAGAUUUGUAAAACACAGCCAUCUCACAUCACCACAAGCUGUAUACGUCAGCACUUGUGCACAUACGCAAACAAACACAUAUGUAGAGCCGGAAUAGACAUAAACGUGUUUCCUAAGAAAAAAUAAUAUAACAGCAAAACAAAAUUGAAUGUAAAGAGGAAAUAUUAUGCUGUAGUUUAAAAGAAACAUGUGAAAUUUGAUAAAUCUAUUUUCUUGUCAAAGUCAAUGAUAAGGCUUUAUUGUAGCAUAACAGCAUAGUUUGCAUUAACUAAGUUAUAGAUGAUGAACAACACUUGGCAGUAACCUCUGCUGUACAAUAGAGUGGUGACUUUAGUCUGCACCAGACUGUGUGUCUGUCUGCAGACGGUGUCAGCAGCCCAGUGUGAGUGCGGCAUACAACUCUGAAAACAGUCCCCAGAGGUGUUGUAGAAAUAGAUGCACCUCACACGGUGGAUUCACUACCUUUUUCUAUAUUUAAAGAAAAAAGUCCACAUCUGCGGUAGGUUGCCUUACUUUGUGCAUGGUUAGAUUUGAUGUUCUCUCUGCAAUAUUUUAAAAUCAUUUAUAUUUGGUUGUUGGUUUGUUUCCUUUGCUGCAGUUGUAUUCUUCUCUGUUGAGAUUGUGCCAAAUGUUUUCUUUGAGUAUGUUGUGGUUCAUAGAUAAAAUACACACCUGUACCUGGGAAAAAAGUAGUCACAAAGCUUUUCUUUUUAUAAUACCCACAGUAUUGUCCUGUUCUAUACAUGCAAGUUUCUUAGUGGUGUAUGAAUAGUAAAGAAAGUGGGUUUACUGAAGUACCGUGACCCUACCAACCUACUGUAUGUAUUUCAGUGAUAUUUAGGAUAAUAGAUAGGUAUGUUUCUCACCACACAGAAAAAUAGUCAGAUUUUACUCAGUGUACAAAUUCCCCUCCAGUACCAACAGUGUUGAAUUUCUAGAUGAAAGUGUUUUUACGCUGAUGGCCUCUCCGAGUCUGAUGGCUUUAGGGUGGACAAAAAGGAGGAGGAGGAAAAUAACUUUUACGAGACAAGGAUAUAUACUCCAGGAUAUACUGUAUGUGCUUCUGUGUUCUGCCAGUGGAAAACUUUCUGUGCGGCUAUGUCGUUCCCAUCAGUUAAGCAAUGUUAUGAUGAUAGACUCAGCUAAUCCUGCAUUUUUUUCCUCUCCUUUUAAUCAGAGCAACAACAUGAUCAUGUAUUAUCUAUGUUGAAACAUGUAAACAAUAAAGAAUCAAG